GCAUCGCCAACUUAGAUUCGACGAAGYAUGAAUAUGGAUGCCCCAACAACUGGACUAAGCGAUACCAUGCAAGUAGUGUGGUGUGUACUGUAUGCCAUCGAAUCGUUUCUGAUUAUCACUGCCAACAUUAUGGCAAUUACCAUCUUUAUGAAGAAGAAGUUUCUCAUCUCCAAAUCGUGCUACUUAAUCAUCAAUCUGACUGUCGCGGAUGUUCUUGUUGGCGUUUCUGCUUUCAUUGCUUCGAUGGAAAUUUGGUUCGCUAAAGAAAAUCUUCUUGGUGGUUGUAGGGGAAAAUCCUUGAACAAAUUCUCAAAACACUUUACUGUUUUCACGUGUUUAGCGUCUUUGACCUCUUUGGUGAUAAUGGCCAUUGAGAGAGCGUUGGCAAUUCUUCUGCCGCUACAAUCUCGUCUUGUGUGCAAGAGGCACUAUUACUAUGCAAUAUCAAUCUCUUGGGGUGUAUCACUGUUGAUACAUUUUCAAAACUUUGCUUGCUCCAGCAAAAUCAUACAAGAUUUCUUUCAGUUAUACUUGGAGCUUGUCGUAAUGAUGUCAUUGUUGGUAAUCGGAAUUUCGUACGCUGCAAUUGCAGUUAAGAAUUCGUUUUUCCCUAACAUUAAUUCCAGUGUUGCAAUGAAAAACAACUUGAAACUAASCAAGACACUGAUGGUACUAACAUUCAUAACCUUUAUAUUCUGGAUACCAACUUCCGUCAUUUUAGGCGAAAACACGACACAAGAUAUGGUGUCAGGCGGUAACGUAGAACUAGCUAUGCUAAUGAUCAUUUGUAACAACUCGCUUGCAAAUCUUCUUGUUUACACAAUCCGAAUGCCACUUUUUCGUCGGAUAUUAUUAAGGACGAUAGGUUGCAGUUGUAGUGCAAAUAAGGUGUCUAGUAUAAAGACAUCUAGAAAUACUAACAUUCAAACGACGCCACCUGUAGCAAGAGACAUGCCUUGA